CUCUGUUCCCUGCGUGUACCGGGGUGCUGCUGGAACAUUUUGUUAUGAAGGCGAACUAGUUCCUACAGCUGUGCAGCCUGUAGCUCUUCAUUACUAUUUUCUCUUCACUCGCUUUAAAAAAUCAUUCAAUCUGAGGACAGACUGGCGUUACAGCUCCGAGACAGCACGCAGGGAGACGCCAGGACGUCAGAAUAAAGUAGUUUGAUUUUAAGUAAUGAAAGAGAAACACGUCCUGCCUUCAUGCUUACUUUCAACAAAGAAGAGGCUAUGGAUAUUCGCGACGGGAAAAAGAGGAGAAAGGUAAGCGGCGGUGGAGGAGGAGGAAUAGGCGGCGGUGGUUUCGGUGUCGGUUUGCGGGGCUGCAGGCGGAGUGUAGCCGCGAAAAUGAAGCGGGAGGUGGGGAGAGUGCUCCGCUCCCGCACGCUGGAGGACAACAACCACACGGAGCCCAUGGAGGCAGAGGAGGAGGACGACGACUGCUUCUCCAUCAGCUUCCACCACAGUGAGAACCUGGAGCCCGCCGUGGUGGUCGCUCCUCGGUACAGCUUGCUGCGGGAGGUCGGUCGGGGCAGCUACGGGGUGGUGUAUGAGGCGAUAGCCCGCAAAACAGGGGCCAGGGUGGCGGUGAAGAGGCUCCAGUGUGACGCCCCGGAGAAUGUAGAGCUUGCUCUGGCUGAGUUUUGGGCCCUGACGAGCCUGGAGAACCGGCACCAGAAUGUGGUCCAAUUGGAGGAGUGCGUCCUGCAGAGGAAAGGGAUGGCCCAGAAGAUGAGCCAUGGGAACAUGAGGUCCAAACAGUACCUGCGGCUGGUGGAGACCUCACUGAAAGGUAUGCAUGCCAUAUUUACACCUCUGACAACCCCUAUAGGAUGGUGUUGAUUCUAAACCAUAUAGGGAACUCCAAAAGUCCCAAGAAAAAGGCCUUAAAAUGACUAUUAAACUGUUUAUAAUUGCUUAAUUUGCAAGAUGAACCUAUUAGAGCAGACUUUUGGAUCCCUUCAAUCAGAAAAACCACUUUCAAUCCAUUUAAAAGUAGGUUAACUUUAGUUUCAGGUUAUGUAAACACGCACUGUGGAUCUGUUGAUGCCUGUUAGUGCAACCUCAAUACUGGCUCAAGUUGAGUGAAGCACAUGCAUGCAGAGAUUUGUGAUAAAAGAAGCUUAUUGCUGUGUUUUAUGUGUUACUUUUCAAUGUAAAGAUUGUUUUCUUACCAAUUAAAGUGUUUGUGUUUGAUUUUUAUAUUUUAAGUUAUGUAGUGUGUGAAAUCUGUUGCUGAAAUCUGCUUUUCUGUUGUAAGAAGGUUAAUUGAGGCAAAAACUGAGAUUUUAUGAAUUAAAAGUAGCGCUCCUGCUGCUCUUUAUAUGUCAGUGACGUAUGCAGCUGCUAUAUGAUGUCUAUAGUAGCACACAGAGUACACAGUGUUACCCUCGCUCACAAGAGGACACAGUGUACUACUCGGUAGCAUAUUAGCCUAUUGCAUAUGAAGUGAGUAUUUGGAUGCUCAACAAUGAUGUUCCAGUGUUUAGUUGAGUGUGAUGUUGAAAAAGUGGAGAUUUAUUGAUCAAAAGUAGAUUUUUGAUCACUUUCUGCCAUUGUUGUCAUCAGCCCAGUUUGACCUACUUAUCAGCGCCUUUGUUAUUGAACAGCAGAUCCUAUAGAUGUGAAGUAGAAGCUGUUGAGUAUAUCAUCUGAUGGGAGUAUCAAUGCUUUUCUAUGCUGUUACAAAACCCCCACUCAAACAGAAGCUGUGCACUGAUUUAGUGCAUUUCCUCUGGAUAGACUGGCUGUUUUAACAUUUAUCAUUUCACCUCCAACUGACUUCUUUUGUAGGUGAUAAUGUCAAGGUGUUUGUGGUAGUUUUAAAGGUUUAAAGGUUUUGUUUUUGGGUUAGAUUCUCUUCUAGCCUUUGUCUUGGUUCACCAAACCAAGUUAAGUAACACAGCUCUGAGAGUGGUGGUGAUCAGGGCAGGUCAGAGUGGGGGAGGAGUGCUGUUUGCACACAUUGAAAGCCAGUUUCUAGGAGGUGCAUUCCUCUGAGGGCUGUGGGAAGAGGAGUGCUGACAUUUUAAAGAACAUACGUUGAGCUGCUCCAAGAACUCUAACCUUAUCCCAAUGAAUCUGAUCAGGAAGGUGACUUCAUGAAGUGAUUUAUGUGAAAAAAACACCAGUCUGUACUGCUGAAAAAUCUGCUGAUGGAAGCUUAUUAACAAGAUAAUAAUACAAUUAAAAAUUAGGGUUAAAACUUAAUAAUCUGCCAUCUUUCAUAGAAGGAGAGCAGCUCAGAAUGCACUGGAACAAAGUGAAGAAACAGCAGAUUUAAGCAAAGCAGGCAGAUAAAACCAGAGUAAAUACUGCAUGAUUAUACAAAAAAUCAAAUGAAAAUUAAGCAAAGUAGGUCCAUGCUUCAAAUAAUUGAUUAUGCUGGAAAAUAUCUGCAAAAACUUUGUAAAAGCAACACAAAGUGCUUCCAAUAGCAGUUUUUUUAGGAAAAGUUUGAAUAGUUUGCAUAGAGUGACAGAAUUUGCAAUGUAGGCUUGUUCAAAACAGUUGAGUGUCUUGUAAACAAGUCAAAGGACAUUAUCUACAUAGUGAUGUUUGCUUAUAAACUAUGUCAGAGGCGAAAAGUCAUGGAGAUCUCUGAGGCUGUUUGAAAACUGUCAGAGAAACAGACAGAGUUGUUUUUACUGUGUAGACUGUUGGAGAAAGUUAAGGACAGUUCUUUAAAAUUCACACCUAUAGCUCUAAAUCAAAAGUGUAUUAAAAAAAGUCCUGCAUUGACAGUUUAAGUGUAAGGAGAAUAAUAGAUGUCUCUUCUCAGACAGAAAGCUCUGUAUUCAACCAGAGUGAUUUGUUUACAAGGCUGUCUAUUGAUUAUGAGAUGAGAGGUGUCAGGGAUCAGGUGGCUAACCACGCCAGUUACCACACUUCCUAUAUGUACGCUAGCUGAGAGCAACAGGGUACAUCCUCUGCGUGUGAAAUCUUUAGUCAAAUUCGAAAUAGUUUGUGGUUUCAGACAUCACACGCGACACUCUGAGGCAUCACAUCUGAAAGGAUCAACAGAUCGUGUCAUCUGUUGCACGCGAUUGGAAACCACUUUUCUGGUGUUAUGUCAUCAGGAGGAGAAACAGAAGUCUUAUAGUGAGCUAAUAAUACUUUAGGGAAUGGCUGUGUGAAAUUGGAAAUAACUGGUGCUCUUAUAUGUUUGUUCUUAUGAUAUAUGUUCCAACAUGAACAAAUACAAAAAAAUUAGAAACAGGAAAGAGUGUAUUUCUUAUUUUCAUAGAUGUUUCUUUGACUUAGAAAUUGACUUUAGGUAUGUUUCCUUUGAAUGAAAAGAACCUUAUCUUUUACUUUUGUCACGCUUUGUUCAGCCUAACUAGCAGAUAUGACACCAAGCCAACAGCAUAAGUCAAAUAACAUUAUGUGUGGUAACUUUGUUCAAUAUUAUGACGUUAAUAAGAAGUGUGGUGGCUAAACAAGUAUUAAAGAGUGCAUAUGAAAUAGAAGAACUUGCAGUUUAUAUUCUCUAUCUGCUAUUUGAUAUGCUUUACACUACCUGCAUUGAAUUUCCAUUCGGGGAUCAUUAAAGUUUUUCUUCUUCUUCAUUUCUCCUGAACCCAAGAUACAUCCAAAAGCAGUUCACUCAUCGCUAAAUUGUCAUUGAUUAAUUCGAGAUUAGCUCACAGCUGACUUAAAAUUUAUUCAACUGCAUUAAAAUGGUGUAUAAGCAUGGAAAUCACACUCAAGCAAGCACCCAUCUAAUGCCAUGCUGAGAUAGAAAGUAUUGAUAGUGUACUUCCAACCAUUCACAAAUUCAUAGCUAAAUUUCAGCAAAUGUUAAUGUAAGUAUAGCAAUAACUAUGCGAUUUAUUAUGCAGCCCUUCUUUGAGAGUACAUUUUUUUGCUAUGUUCCUGGUUGCACUUUAAUCUCAAAAAUGUAAUGUACAAAGGUAGUUGUUAAAGUUUUCUUACAAAGUAGCAGGUUAAAGCUGAACUGGAUCUGAACUGGUUUAAACCGUCCAAAAGUUUUAGUUUGACUUUUGUUCUCUUUCUAAUCUGUCCAUCUUCAAUCUCAUGCUGCAGGGGAACGCAUCCUUGGCUACACCGAGGAGCCGUGCUAUCUCUGGUUUGUCAUGGAGUUCUGCGAGGGUGGAGACCUCAACCAGUACAUCUUAUCCCGCCGACCCGACCCUCACACCAACAGGAGCUUUAUGCGCCAGCUAACAAGCGCUGUCGCUUUCCUCCACAAAAACAACAUUGUCCACCGUGACCUCAAACCCGACAACAUCCUCAUCUCACAGAAGUCCGGUUCACCUGUCCUCAAAGUGGCCGACUUUGGCCUCAGUAAAGUUUGUGCGGGCAUGAACUCAAAGAACAUGGAAGACACCCCUUCAGCAGGAGCAGGUGGCAAAGACAGCAACCAGAACAACAUGGUCAACGUCAACAAGUUCUGGUUAUCGUCAGCUUGUGGCUCGGACUUCUACAUGGCCCCUGAGGUGUGGGAGGGCCACUACACAGCCAAGGCAGACAUCUUCGCCCUGGGCAUCAUCAUCUGGGCGAUGAUCGAACGCAUCACUUUCAUCGAUGCAGAGUCUAAGCGUGAACUGCUGGGCACCUACAUACGUCAGGGAUCAGAGAUUGUACCUGUCGGAGAGGCUCUGCUGGAGAACCCAAAGAUGGUUCUGCACAUCCCGCAGAAGGCCAGGAGCUCCAUGUCUGAGGGGGUGAAGAAACUCCUGCAAGACAUGCUCGCAGUCAACCCUCAGGACCGGCCAGACGCCUUCCAGCUGGAGGUGCGGAUGGACCAAGUCACGUGUGCAGCGUGACGACCUUCCCCCUUUUAACCCAACCAGUCAAAGAAGGGACCCCUUACUUUCCCAGGUAAGCAACAAGUUCAUUUUAAGUUACCAGUGUUGCUUAAUGUACCCCCAACUUUAAAACCUACUCCCGAUUUUAAAAACAACAAGGUGCAAAAACUUUUGAAAGUGCAAUAUUUACUGUUCCAAAACAAGUGAUAAAGAUCUUUUCAAAAAAGCAACAUAAACAACAGACAGCCCUGAGAUAAAAUAUGAAAAAUGGAAGAAAGUGACAGAGGAAAAUCUUUCUAAAAAGUUUGUGAAAUAGAAUGAGGGGCUGUUUUUGCAGGUUUACCUGUUUGGCUGCUCCAAAAUCUAGAUCUUGGACAACAGCAGAAGCUCUGACCUUUGAAUGGGAGUAAAAAACAGAAACAAAGUUGUCUAUGUGUUUUAAUGUGAUUUUAUUGUGAUUUCCUGCCAAAUGUGAUCACUAAUGGGGAACUGUUGCAUUUUGAAUUGUCUGAAAGUGAUGGACUGGUCUGUGAUUUGAAGAAAUGAAAGCAUGUAUGAGUUACAAGCUGAUAAAAAAAAGUGGACAUCCUUUUGUUUUAUUUUUUACCUGCGGCUCAAAAUAUUAAGCCUAAUCAAAGAUAACUUUAAGGUUUGUUGCUAAUAACUUUUUUUUUUUUUUGUAAGUUCACUUAGUUUUUCGUUGUUUGAAACACAGCUAAAGUAAUUUCACAUUUUGUUUACCUGUGAUGCAUUAUCUAUGAUUUUAUUUCAGUAAGACACUUAUGAAGAGUUGUAACACCUAACACCUCUAAUGGAAGGGUAAAGGUGCAUGUCAUCUGCAUGCAAAUGAAAAUCGACAACCAACUUUAUUUACAGAUUAUAUUGCCAAAAGGAGGCAUGUUAAUAGAAAACUGCAUGGGACCCAGAAUUUCACCCUAGAGAACGCCAUGGAGUAAAGUUGCAGUUGUUGACAUUGAAUUCACCAUUUACACUACAAACCAUUCAUUUUGCAUGCCAAACCCGAACCAGCCGAAAACCCCAUCAGUUCAAACUUAUGUAAACAGGCAGUAAGGGCCACGGCAGACUCUUUUUAGAGCAGUUACAGGAUAACUGCUUUUACUAAAAGGUCUUGUUUUUGUCACUGACAGGCUCAGGUUGCUAUUUUAAGUGUCUGAAAACAUUAGAGAAAGAGUCUAAAACGAUAUGGACUUUUUGGACCAAAGGGGACUAUUUGCUCCAGAAAAUGCUUAUACAUCAGUUUUUAUGGAGCAGCCAAACUCCACCGACUAAAAACAUGUACAUUUGACUGAGCAUGAAACACAAGUUCCCAUAUUGCUAUUGCACAACAAAAUUUGUUUAUUUAAACUCUUAAGCACCUUGAAGGCAAGUUUGGAUCCAAAAUAAAGACUAUAACAGAGUCUUAUCAAAUAGUUAAAGCAGCAGAAAACCAGACAACCGCAAUGUUUUUCAAAGUUUAAUCAUGUUUUUCCGAAUGGAGUCUGGUGGCAUUAAAGAAAGCACUGUCAGGGUUGUUUUCUGCUUAAAAAAGCAUCUUCAUUUGAACAAAAAUAGCUUAUCUCUUCAGGGAUCCUUCCUGUAAUGUUUUCAGACACCGAGAAUAACAAUCAAAUCCUGCCAGUGGCAAAAAACUAGUAUUUUUGGUGGACAUAACUCACUGCAAUCCCCUUGAAAUUGGUCUUAGAUAGCAGAGCAAGCUGCAGGUUUUGUAGCCACCCAUAAAGAAACAUCACAGCAGCUAAUGUCACAGAAUCAUGCUCUUACACUGGAGGGGAGGGUCAGUCAAUGUCGUGAGCUGCUGUGGCGAUUAAGGGGAAUUAGAACCAGUGACACAGGAUUCAGCACCUCUGGCUAAAAGGGAACACUGGCCGGUUGUGACCCAGGGCUGAAAACAGGUAAUCUUCCUUUCAGCUGACACUGUUAGCCUCCACUGCCCCAGUCACUGACUGCUGCGUCACUGGUUUAAUAGCCACAGGUGGUGUUAAGUCACUGGUUUAAAUGGUUUAAAUGGUUUACUGCCUUUUUUCCACAGAUGACCUUUCACUCCUUUUUAGUUGUUAUUUACAGCAUCCAGUGCUUAUGGUGAAACUGACUGAAAGGAGGCAGCGGUAUGUUCUCUUUUCAUUACAACACAAACUCACUUUACAUUUCGCCAACACUCUAGGAGCUCUAACUGCAACUUCAGGGGUCAGACUAGAGCUGGACAUCAUUUCUCUUAAGUUCAGGUCUUGAAGAAAAAAAAUCCCUGUUUUAAGACUUAAUGUUUAAAUAUUAAAUACAGCAUUUAAAUGCACAAAAAUUAUUUCAGCAGAGUUCAGAUUGCAAAGGCACAAAAAGAUUCAAGCUUUAGGGCCUAGAUGACUUAAAAGUAUGAAAAUAUUUGGAAUUCCUCCAAUAGACUGGUUCACCCAGCUGCUACACUAUAGGCUCCGGUGGUUGCAGGAUAAUCCUCAGGGGCAAAUGCCCCAAAUCUGGGUACAUCCUCUAAAAGUUCCUCCUUUGUUACUGAUAGACUCAAAGCAGUAUUCUUCUGCAACUGUUAUCCCAAUCAUUUUAACAGGUAUUUAAACUCUGAUCAGGCUAAAGGUAAGAAAAAACUCAGAAAACAUGGGAUCACAGAGUCGGAGGUCCUGUAAUGUUGGUUUAGUUUUGGUGCAUUUAGUAUGUUCAUGAAAGUCAGAAAUUCCAGUGUUCCUAUUUGAAGCAUCAUUCUGUCCCUGAAGCUGGAAUACCUCCUUGGAAACUCUGAGGAACUUAAGUAACCCUGAACUACUGGUUUACACUGUUGCAUUGUAUCUCUGCUGUAUCAUAUACCAUAGGUUUUCGUACUUGCUUUGGUGUACAGUCAACACAGAGUUAUAAACAGGAUUCAUUUUAUCGACUUUCUGACAACUAAAAACUGCAACGCGAUCAACUGGGAUGUGACGUUAUUCCUAGCUCCAAUAUCCCAAUCUGGAGGUAACUAGUUGAAAAUACAAAGUUGCAGUUGCAGUUUCUUCAGUUGAGUAGUUAUAAACCAGUUUAACCUGAAACAGCUUAAAUAUAACUUAAUCUGUGUUUACUAGAUCGAUAAUACUGACAAACCCCACCAUGUAAUGAGAUUCUACCUGCCAUCUGUGUCUGUUUACAUCAGGAUUGUAUACCAUUAUGGCAUCAUAACAGGAUGCAUUAACAGAAUACAGCUCUGGCUACUGAAGGACAAUUGAGCUACAACUUACACAUGAUCUAUGAGCAACAUUUUCAGGCCCAUAAUAACUAAAUAUUAAAAUAUGUAGCACUGAUUUCUAGAGAAAAUGAAGGUAACAGUCCUGUUUGGGUGAAACAAUCUAUCUCUUUAACAAAAGGUCUGUCUUUGUAGGGAUCCGCUCUGCCAAAAGAAGGUCCAAAUUUGAAAAUAGAGUUCUCUCUAAUUAAAUACUAUUAUUGGAGCUGUCUGUUUAUAAUCCAACUUUGCAGACAAGGACUGCGUGUAAACUACAGCAAGUACAAAAGGACAUGUUUGGAGCAGGAAAUAACUUGUUAAGCUUAAAGCUAUCAUUAAUCCUGCACAUAAAAAUAAGAUCCAAGUUGUGAUAAACAGAAACUUUCAUUGAAGAAAACCACAAAAGAAAAUAUUGAGUGAAUUGGUUUAAGAGGCCGUGGGAACCACCGGUCUUUGACGAGAAGUCAGACAACACUUUGGCCCGGUCCUGUCUCCUCAAAUAGUUCCUAAGCCUCGAUGCUGCUCCUGAUUCCUGCCAGAGUCUCCCACGUCACCAUUGAGGAAACAGGAUUAACAAGAGUGAAAGUAUCCGCCCCGCAGAGUGCUGACGUCAGGACUCAGAACUUAGAACUUAGAACAUUUGGUCGGCAAUUACCAUCGUCACUGCAUGGCAAAUAUAGAGGAUGAGCAAAUACAAAAGCUGAUGUUAAGAUGUUAAGUAAGAGGAGAGGAAGGCAGGAUAGCCAUUGGGAAACACACAUGGUGCAGGGUGCAACCCCAGCCCUUGGGCAAACAUAGGUGUGUUCUGGGAGAGUGGAGCAGAAAACACAGGUAUUUGGCAUGGGUGCUUUAGCUUGUGGUGUACUGUACAUGAGGUUAUUCCAGUUCAUAAUUACACCUGACAGUUAAUUACUUCUCCAGUGCCACAGAACACAGAAAUCUGACUUUUGUUUGCACCAAAGUGCCGACUGCACACAGUGUACAGGUCACACCUCUCUCUGGUAUUUAGGAUGUUUCACUGACAAUUAAAACACCUCACUUCUGGCUUAUUUCCCAAUUAAUCAAACAGGAGCAGAGCUGCCUCUUUAUGUUUUAAUUCAGUGGCAUUUAUUCAGUUUUGUGUAUUUGUUUUUGAUGAGUGAUUGGAACUUGGCUUCACAUGCAACACAUCUGUUUUUGCUUGUCAUUCAAGUCAAGUAUGCAGUAUUUAUCAGAACAGACUUUUAUAACUGCCUUCAUUAUUGUGCACUUGAAAUCGAUCUUUUAUGGUUGCAUGAGGGGCAAGUUCCCUUAGAUUUCCAUGUUUCUACAGGAGCCCAUAAUAGACAAACUGUAGUUUUAGAUAUUUUUAAUGGUUACAAACUUGACAAAUGGAUGAUCAUAUUUCUUGUACAUCAGGAGCUUUUUGUGAUUUAAGGCCACUGUUACUUCUCCAACUGGAGGGGUGAGCAUGGGGGCAUUACAACUCAGAAUGGGACCACUAGAUAUCGCGCAAUAUUCCCACUUCUAUGCACUGUACCUUAGAGCUUUCUUUCAGUUAAACUACAAAAAUCCUCCACACCCUAAGAGCUGGUGGCAACAAAUCCUAAUGUUGUCAAAAAAUAAAGUUUGAGUGAGACAUGCAAAACAGUUUUUUUUUAAAUUUGGCUGGAUUACCUUGUAGCAGAGACAUCUUUUUCUGCACAAAUAGAGAAAAUCUCAAUGUUAUUGGCCAAGUAUACAGACACUAACGCAUGACCUACUGUAACUGAGAUAUCUUGCCCCCCCUUUAUGUGUUUACGGUCAUUACCCAUAACUUAAUCACUUCACUGUCUAAUUAAAGGUCCAUUUUUAAUUAGUCCUAUGUUAGUUCAAGAGCUAUUGUUCUCUCUGGGAAAAGUCACAGCCAUAAUAGACCUAAUUCCAUUUGUGCAAGAAAAUGUAAAGGUUCUAAAAGCUUCUAUUUUGCCCAUUUAGAAUAAACUGCUGAAACUGAGAUAAGUUAACGUCUGAAAGCUCUCUGUUGAUGCAACAGUGGAAUUUUCUAACUCUGUUCAAGCGUCACAAAAGAACUAUUGGACAGGCCAUCAACCGCUAUUGACUGUGAUUUGUCACACUGCACAGUCACACUGCUGUUAUCUUAGUCAACUCUUAGUCCCGUCAAUACUGUCAAUUACAGUUACUCACUGAAUGCUUAACUUAUGUUGCACAAACCACAGAACACUUUGGACCUUUCAAACUUCGUUUGUCAAACACAGCACAUGUUUUCAGCACGGAUAUUUAAGUGGGGGAGUAAGGAGGAGGUGGAUAGUGAGCAAAACGAAACUUUAUUAGUAUAGAAAAAUGCAGCUGAGAGUGUUUUUUAGUGUAAACAGUAUAAACUGAUAUCAAAAAAACAAUUACAAAAAUUGUAAAGAGUGCCAUCAUGAUAAUUUUCUUGGAACACUAAAACAGGACAAAGAAAAAAAAAAAAGAUAUAAUAUAAACUCAGAGGUCUUUGUUUCAUCAGAGCUGUUUCAUUAGUGUAACCAGAAAAACUGUUCAACCAUCUCAGCUUCAGGAUUCAUGACACAACUCAGUCCACUUCACUGCCUCCUGGAAUAAUAUUUAGGUUAUUGUUGACAAAGUCUCCUGUCUCCUACCCUCCCAAAACAAACAUCCCCGCCCUGUAGGAAGUAACUUUUACUGCUGCCAUGGUGUCCUCAAAGUGUGUCGCAGUAAGACUUUAAUUGUCUCAGUUUGGUAUUUAGAGCGGAAACAUCUUGCAGCGCAUCAAUCUGCCGCCGCGUUGAUGUUCACUGACCCGAACGGUUCGCCCGUUGUCUGAACUUGAACUCUUCAUUGACCAGGACUGAACCCCUUGUUUCGUGCGACAAUUAGGGCUGACCAGCUCUCGUUAACCCUUCCUUGUAAGCCCCGCCCGCCCCAGAGAUCCCGCCCCCUCCCUUCGCCCUGUGACGUAACCGCUCUCCUCAGUUCCCAGCUGGCUCAGAAGGCGAGCUUGCGUGCUGGAGACUGGCCUCAUUCUCUCGCAGGAUGAUGGGAUAGCAUGUUAUGCAACGAGCCUUGCUGUGCUCUGGUUCAAUGGGAAAACCUGUCAUCUGUUGGAUGGGGAGAUUAGGGGCUGUAAACACACAGGGGAGGGGACGCUGUGUGUAUUUAUGUCAGGAGCUGGUUAACUAGGUGGAGAGCUGACGACAGCACAGUGAGGAGACAUGACAUGGACAGAAACACUGAAAGUGAUGACACUACAGAUUGAACUGACAUUGUUUCUGGAAGCGUCUAUGAGAGCCAGGCUGCUCUCUGAUGAGAUGAAUCUGUUUACAUUUAAUGAUUGCUGAAGUUAUUGAUCACGUAACCUUUGAAAGACUGUUAUCAUACUUACCAACAGGCUACAAAAUACAUCAAUACCCAAAGCUGGACUUUUUGUCCUCGUAACUGCACACUUGUGAAACUUAAGAUUAUUGUCUAAAUUCAAAAAUGGCUGUUACUUUUCCCGGCUCUUCCCUUUGAAUUACUUGUCUUAGACAGGCUUUGUCUGCAUGAGAUGAAGCAGGAAUAAUGGUGGGAAAUGUCCAGCUGCCGAGCUGUCCAAGAUAGAAACAGCAGAAAAAUGGUGAGACUCUAAAAUCUGGAUCCAGCAGCUCAGAACAGAGCUUUGUAUGUGUGAAGCUUUCUCUGUUUGUUUACAUGUCUCUGUUAUGACCCGUCUAGACACAGCAUGAACAAAAGACCCAUUUCCUCCAAGUCCCAAGCAGCCACAUGGACAAAUAACUGGAAUUACAACCGCACAAGGAUUUAUUCACAGAAAACAAAUGAACUUACAAUGAUUAGGAAUCAUUGGAAUUAACUUCAGGCUGAUUCAAGAGCAACAUACCACACAAACUAACCAGAGAAAACAAAGAAGCUAAAACAUGUAUUUACUGUAUAUUAAGCACCAGUGCUGUUUGCUUACACAAUACACCAUUAUGCAUUCAUUUGGAGCAAAUAUACCCAUGUCUUUGUGAAAAAGCGGCAAUUCUUCGAGGCCAGAGUGCUAAAAGCCACGUGCAGCUGAAGAGACAUUUUACCUGCUGUUAUUGAGUAUCUAUCAGUGCCUCAAGGCUCGGACUCUGAAGUUAUGACAACAAUUCUUCCUCUGGAAUAAUUUACCCAUACACAAGUCUGUUUAUAUCACUGUGACAUCCUCUUCUAUAAUAAGUCUAGGACUGUCUGUGGCGCAACACCCCUUCAUACAGGCUAUGACAUGACGCACAAUGGAGCUGCUCUUUACUAGUUCACCUUAGGGAGUGAGUUGGUUUUAAAUGGUGGCGUCUGUCACAUCUGUCAUGAAUUGAACUCCACAAUAAACUGGUGAGGACUUCCUUCCAUCCCUCCAGGGUUAGAGCUCACAGAGCAGAUCUGAGCAGUUGAGAGUAAAGAUGCUAACAGUAAGUGAGAAUCUCAGUCAUACAGAAAUAAAAAAUAUGGAGCAAACUACAGGAAGACGGCGUGUGAUGCAGUUCAUCAUGUUAACCGUUUUUGUUUAUUAGCAGUUAUAAGUGGCAGAAAAAUAAACAAAUACAAUGUCAAGGUGAAAAGUAUAAUCCAGUUACGUCUGCGCCCAGUUUCUGUAUGUCUUAGCAAUAAAAAAAAACCCUAUAGCCAACUUUAAAGCUCCUGGGAGGAUUCUUAAGUAUGUCAGUUUUGGCGCCCCCUGUUGACAAAGAAGUCAAAAUUGUACUUCACAAGCUUCAGAUGUGUCCCUUUUGAAAAUUGUACAUCAAUUGCCCUUAUUUGAUGGAACAGCUGAAGAGAGACAGGGUAUGAGGGAAGAAGAGAGUGGGGGAGUCAGAGGUAAACAAAGGGUCAGCAACAGAUCAGCAAAGGAUCGUAGCUGGGAAUUGUACCAGUUACCGCUGCAACGAGAACUAUAGCCUCUGUAUGUGGGGCACUUCAGUGUCCCUUAAGUAGAGACUUUUGAUAAACAAUCUCCCAUGUUGACUUUAGACAGUCAAACAUAUCACUUAUUUUAUAUAUUUUAUGCAGGAAUUAUUGAAACAGGGCUGUUUCUUUAUUUCCUUGGCUGACCACCACCACCACCACCACCAAUGUCAGGCAUUGAAAAAAAUCUCCCAAAACCCUGAAAUUUGUUGCUGAUGUUCUUGUUUGAUUUAGAUGAUUGUGAAAAGGCAAUAAUAUGAAUGUCUGCUCACUUCAUGAAUGUCAAAAAUCUCCUCAAAGGAGCUUUAAUGGCACUGAUGUGUAUCCAUGUUUAGUAAAUCAGAGCCAUUUAACAUUGUCAAAGGAUGUUUGUGGUUUUUACGUGGUUUAAAGUAAUAAGUGAUUCAACUACAGUAAGUAAGUAGUUAAUGUGCUUUUAAAACCACUAAAAUGCCUAAUGUUUAAGUAGUUGCCUGAGAUAAGUCACAUGACAAUAACAAAAAAAAAAAAAAGAUCUAUCUGAUCAACAGGUGACCCCUGUCGUUUGUGGUAUGUGAUGAUUUCUUCCAGUUAAUAAAAACAGAUCUGUUUGGAUUCUCUCCUGAUGUCACAAAUCAGAGUUUGUCUGCAGCUAAAAACAAAGUCUCUCAUUCACUGAGAUCAGGGUGAUGCUAAGUGAUGUAAGGGAGUAGAAACUGCUCAUUUGAAAUGCUGAAUCUUUAAAGUCCUGGAUCAGGAGCAGGAAAUCCCUCCAAAAAUUAUACCCACAGCAUCAAAACAGAACCAUGUGUUUCCGUGUUUUCUGUGACAUCCUUCUGCCCAUCAUCUACCUCACCCUCCCUCCCCCUUUCUCUCUCUCUCUCUCUCUCUCCGUGAGUGGACAAUGAGAGUGCUGCUCUUGCUUCGCAGCUUACAGAUUGAGUCUGGAACAUUUUGUCCUCUCGCUGCCUGCCCAUGAGCCUGCCAUGUGCCGCUGCCGUCUAAACCAGGACAGAAAGCUGUGAGCCUCUGCCCUCCCCACAUCCACAGCGUUACUUUGGGAAUCUUUUUUUACUUUACUGAUAGCAUGAGCCAACUUUGUACAAGUUGAGGCAUUUUCAGGGUGUUGUCUUUGCAAUGCAUGCAUGGAUUCCUCCAUGUACUUUAUAAUCAAUACAGAUGCCCUCAAGCAGGUUUUUAUCUUUGCGUUUUUUUUUCUUCCCUUUGUAAAUAACUUUCAAGAAAGACACCUGGUUUUCAGAGAAAGCCUUCCCUGCUCCUCUUCCUCAAUUUGCUGUAUCCAAAACUUAAUUUCCUCCAGAGUUCAGUAUGUUCUCAUUUGACUCAGACAGCAGGGGGUAUUUUAAAGGGCCUUGCCAGAGGGAGGCCACCUUUAUGAGAUUUUUGGGAGUGGGUGUGAUGAGCGCAUUGGCGUUCUUAUGUAACAUGCUCGUAUAAGUGAGCUUUCAGUAGCUGAGGAGCUUGUAAAUAUUUCCUUUGGGCCCUCAGGGUUCUGAGCCAGAACCGCAAAAACAAGUUUCUACACAAAUGAUCCUGGUGAAACACGUCUUUGUUUUCUUGUGUUUAUUCCACAGACGGAAAGUCAGGCAGGAAAGCUUGAGUUUACUUUGACUUUCAAGUAAUUUCUCCAUGAAAAUAAACAGAUUUGAUGCACCUCCAGCUCCCAGUACAAUUGGGAAAGGUCUAGAAAGUCCAGCGGCGCUCAGUUGUGCCACGUAACCGCAUCUUUUCCACACCGCUGUGCUCAUUCAUGGUGGCUGUGUCGCAGCUAAUGGGUUGUAAGCCCUUAACACCGCGUUAAUCUCCCUGCAGAGUGAGCACUAUCUAUCAGAGCCACAUAAUUCGCUGCAGGUGCUGAACACAGUCAUAUUUUGGCUGCUGUGGUUCCCUGUAUGGUUUAAAUGGCUCUGACAGGCAGACAGGGUUUAUUUUGGCCUGUAAAUAAUAGAUGGAAACAGGCGUGGUCAACAUCUGCUGUAGAGAGCUGGCUUUGGUUUGUCUCUGCUUUGUAAUGUUUGGACGUGCUGUGUCACUGUUAUCUACUGACUACUACGAUUUUUCUUUUUAAAACUGGUCACACAGUUGUAAACAGCUGCAAUGUAAUCCCUUUGGGCAGUUAUAGUAGAUCAUAGAGAGUGAGCAAAAAGUACAGGCUCAGACAGACACAAACUAAAGAUUUUAAAGUUGUUUAAAACAUGUAAUAUUGCCACCCUGACUAGUCUGCACCAGAGCUAGUAAUCAAAAAAGUUUUCACUAUAGGUCAAAAAUGGUGGUCAUCUUUUCUGUCUAAGCUGACUACCUUCAACCAAGGCUGUAGCUCCGGUUUAUAGAUACCUCCAUGAUGGUGUAAUGCUCUACCACUCGGCUGUAAACAGACACAGAUGCGAGUGGUAUCAAUGUGGCCAAGUGGGAAUUCCAGUCUUAAGAAAUGAAGUCAAGGACGAAGUGCUGAAAACUGAUUAAACAGGCAUAUAAACACCGACCUGUUUUGUACCCUACAGACUCUGGUUUUCAGUGUGUUUGAUAAAUUGUGCUCAAUCUUGACUGGUGUCUGAUUUUUUUGUCUAUUCACACCAGUCAGCCAGUCAGAAUUUGAAUUACAAUGUCAAUAACUGUUAGUUUAGUUGUCAAAGAAUCAUCCCAAGUUCCCACAAGUAAAUCAGUAGAAGACCAAAGGCGACUUUAGAUUUUUUCUAGAUAAUAUUAUGGGCAUUUGAUGGUGUUUCUGUUUGAAAAAAGGAUUUAAUGGAAAGAGACCUACAUAUUUGAGAAAAGUUUUCUGCAUCAUUGUCUGACUCUUGGAAUAAGAAUCUGAUUCUGUCAGUGAUGAAAACCAUUAUUUUCGUCAGGCCAGUUUAUCCCAGAUACUCCCACUGGUGGUCUUACUGCCUGUGUGGAGUUUACUGAAGUCAAGAAACUUUGGUGUGUAUUGAUCAUAAGCAGACUCAUGACAUAUAAACAUAUAGUCUGACAGAGGGGUUAAAAAAUACAGGUUUGUCCUCUGAGUUUUUUAUGCUGGUCACUGUUUUCUUGUCGGAGCUCCUCCUUUCGAUGUUUUACUUUUCUAGAUUCGACCGGAUUUGUUUUGGUGUGCCGUUUGUUUUUGGUCGACUUUCGGAAACACUUUGUUCGUUCUGCAUGAAGAGGACCUUGGAGACACACACCUAAACUUAUAUAAUGACCAGUUUUCGUGAAUGUUCGCCAAGCGGAAUGUGUUACACUGCAUGCCACUGGGCCACAAAACCACCCGCAGCUCGUAAAACGCCAACACUCCGUCUCUGACUGGUUAUCAUAGAGAAAGCUGCCACAGUGUCCUGGCCUCACAAGAAACCAGCCCCCACCACUUCCCCAAAGAUACCGGUCUCUGCUGGUUUUUAACGAGACAGUCUACUUUUGGGUUAUGCAACAACAAAUGGCUGAGGCUGAGGAGGCAGCAGGCCUCAGUUUGUCCAGGAUCUGCUGGGCUCAGCCCUCGUCGUGUUUCCUCUGUUUUGCUUAUUUAUGCUGCAGUAAUAAAUCCAACAGAGCAACACGCAGAAAGCUGAUACGCUGACCUUAGCAGCCCAGACGAGAGGGUAAACUGUUUAAAUGUUGGAGCAUGUUAGUUUUAUUGGGGUUUUAUCUUCUUGGACAAACCUCUUCACACACUCUGGACUGUAUUGAUCCUCUCAGUUUAAGGUGAGAACUGAGAAGACGAACAUUCAAGACAUGACUCCUUAACGCUACUUUUGCUGAGAGCUGCAACUUCUAGUCUGCUUCGCAACCUGCUGCUCCACUGCUGGGUGGGAGAGACAGACAUAACCCCUUCCUCUGGGGGAAGGUCAGAGGUCAGAGACCCUACAGACCUGACAGAGAUUUAGUGUCUUGUCAUAGGACACAUGAACAGUUUGGUUACUUCGAGCUGUGCCCUGGUGUUGGAUUACUUUACCUCCACCCACUUUGUCUCAGUGCAGCUACAUGUGACCCAACACCCUUGCUUGGCAUGUGACUGCAUUUAAACUUCAUUUAUGAAUUAUUUGCCUCCCAAAACCAUUUCUAGGCCACAUAAAAGCAGCUAAAUGCACAGUUGUCCAACAGACACCCUGUGAUUGUCUGUCCACCUGAUGAUGGUGAGCCCUGCUUUGGAUCUGAUAUAGGCCUACAUUACUUGUCCUGCCUGAAAGAGUGCAGAAAAAAACGCUGUGAAAAUUCUCCUGUGGACUGCUCAGAAGGCGACCGUGACACAGCUGCAGAGCUGCAACCUGAUCCUGUCAGGAAAUCUUGUGCAAACAAUGACACUCAGCUCGCCUAUUGUCCAGGGAGGUAAAAUGAAUGUUUUUGUCAGAGGGGGUUUGUCGGCUGUGAAGUGAGAGAUAUAACCACUAAGAAGAGGAAGCAGAAAGACUAAAAGUGUUACUUGGCUUAGUAAAAAUGCUGUUUAGUUUGUAGAAACACCAGAGACGUGAUUGUCUGAUCACCAUCAACCAAGAAUCAUGCCACAACACCAUUAUAACAAAAUCACAGUUGAUGAAAUUUAUUGUAUUACAAUACUUUACCCAGAAGAUUGGUCACAAACAUUUUUCUCACAAAAUUCAAUGCAGACUUUUUGACAUCAGUUAAAGUCUCCAUGCAGGAAUAGAUUUUAAAUCUGUUUCCAGCUGAGAAAACCCCCCAAAACACAAAUGGUGUCUUAUAUACCUGUGCAACUUACAAAACAGUUCAUUUGCAAAACAAACACGAACUAUUUCAUUUCAUUUUUUAAAACACACUGGUAUCUAAAGAACUACAUUGUUAUUUCAAACUAAUUUUCACAGUGACGCAUCUACCAUUUUCUUAAAAAAAAUGGUUAAUCCCUUUUUCUUUUUUGGCGUCCAUAGUCACUAGCCCUUUGUACUCAGACUCUGAACCCACAUCAUUGUAGUACUGGUGUCCCGUUGUGUAAUUGCUCAUCAAAUUGUGGUUUCAAGAGCUCAAACCAUCAUGUAAACACACAUCACAUGUGCAUUUGUUCUGUUCUUCCAACAGUGUCUACAAUGUUGCCGUGUCGCAUCUGUUUCUGCCUUUGAUGCAACCUCAGCUGUGAAACAGCUUUGCCCCACAUGUGACAUUUGAAUCUAACCAGCUUUGUGAAAGAAACCUCUGUAGAACUCCUCUCCUCAUUACUAUCAGACACUUAAAAUAAUCAGUGUAUCAGCUGCAAAGGCAAGAAACAGGACAGACUUUGAUUUGGUUCAUUUGAAGAUAAAGGCGUUUCAGUGUUCAGAAAAAGGGCCCUGGGUUUCAGCUCUAGAAAUCCCCUUCAACACUUUAUACAAAAGAUGCUAAGUGUAAAAUAAUGGACAUGAUGUCCUAAACACGUAACAGUCUGUCCAACAGAUUCAGUUCAUAAUGCAAACUCUUCUUUUAAAUAGCUUAAGUGUUCAUCUGCAAGCUUGACUGUCAGACCUUUACUGUCCCUGAAAAGACAAACAGUCAUUGUACUUUCUCCUGUUAAAAAACAGCUUUUAUUUUGAAAGACAGCACAGCAACAGAAACCAGUCAUUUUUUCACAAGCUCCGUGUUUGUCAGAGCUGUGCUGAUGGAGGCGUGAUGCUUUCACUGUCGUCAGAGCCCGUAAAGUUGUGCAACAAAUCCACGAAUGGGCGUUUAUUCAGGUGUGGGAAACAUGCUCGUAAAAAGAGUCUGAGGUCAGUGAGUUCAGAGAGGAUGGUUACAGCAGUUACUGGAGCGACAAGUGAAGGAGACAAUUAAGAAGACGCUUAAUCGUUCUAUUUGGACGAAUUAUCAUAAAAAUGAAUGAAUGAAAGUUCGAGAUAUUCUGAAAAAACUUCAGAAACCACUGUCUGUCCACACAUUUGAUGUUGCUGUAAAAAUUGACAUUUUGAAAUGAACUCUAAUAGAGAUUUAUGUUUUGUUUUGUUUUGUUUUUUGGGACACUUGGGAAGCCGCAGUUUUAUGUGUUCAACAGUGACUUCACUAGAAGUUUCCUCUUGUCAGCAGCAUUAUCUAGCAGUAACUUUAAGGAAUGAUGAGCUCUGUGAUCUCAGUGAAAGGAUUACUUGUGUUUUGCGUGAACACUGUGUCCAUAUUUUUGUUAACAGUACACGGUAUCUUACUGUACAUUUAAAGGGAUUUAAAAGUGCUCAUCCUCAGCGGUGACAUAAGCACUUUCUCUGUCCCCAUUCUGCACAUCAUCAUCCCUUAUUCACCAUCUCCAGCCUGCGUGCUUCCAGCUAAGCUGACCCACUUGUGUCCAAACCAUGUGCUGAGAGGUUACGCAACCCAAAAAGAGGAACAAACCGCUGCCACUCCAAACUGCUGCUGCUGCUGCUGCAUGUCAGCCGCUGGGCUAUUUUUAGAGCAGAACGCUGGACUAAACCUGGACUCCUCCACAGGCAGGAAAUAGUCCCAGGUGUCAGCUGGUGGUGUCAUCCUGCUGCAGGUAGAUGGAGAGGCAGUAUCAGGGUGUAUUUACAGAAACACAGCCAUUAUGGACAGCAAGGCAGAGUUUGAUGAGUCAUUACUGCCUUCAGGGGACAGAUGUACUUCUUCUGAUGCUUGUAGCAGGAAUGCAAAAAGGAAUUCUUGAUGUUUUAUAUAAGAGGCACAGGUGGUUUUUGAUAAAGGACGGAGUGUGACGCAUGAGCCCCAACAGCUUUUAACAGUUGUGUUUUAAUAAAGAUGCAGCUCAUCUGCAUGCAUAUUCGUAAGGGUAUGAAAUAUGAGCAUACGAAAAUCAGACAAUGAUGCAGCAUGCAUGUAUGCAUGAAUAUCUCUGUGCACUACAAAGUUUGGCAUUUUCCAAAAAUACAUGAAUACUGGUCAGAUACAAACUCUUUGUUUGUCCUGAAUGUAAUCAAAUGUAAACUUACUUAUGUCAGACGUUUGAAGGAAUUUCACAGCUCCAUGGUCAGAAUAAAAUCUUUGAGUCUUAUUGAAGUCAUGGCGCUCAAGUUAUCCCAAUCAUUAGAUGUAAAGAACUCAUAAAACUAAAGCUGAGCUUCCAUACAUUCUCCUUUCCUCAUCCUGACAUCAAAAUAAAAUCUAGGAGUGAUAUAUGCAGCACCAAGACACAGAACAUUGUGGGUUGCUGUCAGCAUGUCCUCUCUGACUCUGACCCCUCAGUUGAGUGCUUUGCUGUUUGAACAUGGUUUCCACCCUGCAGCGGUUUGCUCCAGUAAACUGGUGAAGGUUCGCUGCGCUGUAUUGCUGGCCUGCUAGUAUAUAACGCCAACCGUGCUAAGCCAGAGCAGAUAACACAAAUCCCUGCACACACAAAAUCCAAACUAUGACCAAAAGCUGCUCUUUAAACUGCUCCAUUCAUUGUUUUAUUUCUAGUAAAAGAAAUUUACACCUUGAGCAUGAUGGGAAAUAAUCUCAAAAGAUGUUUCAGUUUUGCAGUGAGCCAGCUUUUGCAAAAUGCUAUACAUCGGGGAAUGCUGAAUUUAGUUUUUAAAAGUCCUCACUUGCAUUUGUGCUCAUUAGGAAUCCUCUACCAAGUGUUUGUCAUGCAUGACCUCAGUGCCCUCAAUGUGACAGACCUCAUCUUUAUUUAGGACGACAUUGACUGAUGGUGGCACGCUACAAAUGUCUGUCUCUUUCUUCGAGUGGUUUCAGUUCCAGUGUUACAUUUUUUGAGUCCAGAUUGUUUUUUGUCUUUAAUUCUUAUUCUGCCUCUUACUUUUUAUUCUUAUACAUCAAAAUUUGGUUUUAAGUAUUGACAGAAUACCAGAACAACAUGCAUUUGUUUGCACCAACUUAACUUUUUCAUUCUAUGUCAGAAAAAAGUUGAAUUAAACCUCAUUCAUUGCUUCUUGUUAAUGUUCUUUUUUAGCCAGGACUCGCUUGUGACAUUUUAUAUCUCAGUUUCUCCAGUAAAGUCAAGGUUUAAACCAUGUAAGAUAAGAUAAACCUGAGUUCAGAAUCAGAUCUUUAUUGACCCACAAGAGAAAACUUGAGCAUGCAGUAUAAAAAUGGGGAUAAAAUCAACGAUAGAGCGAGACUGAAAAACGGGAUAAUACCAUAGAUAAUACCACCAUCCAAACAGAUCACAUUAUGAAGAGGCAGAUUUAAAUACAGCGGUGAUAACAACAACAGACAAAAAGCAAAUCAAAACCCGAAUGACCAGAAUGAACUUGUAAAUCACGUUGGGGCACCAAAUUGGCACAAAGCUAAAGUUUCUCACUGGAGCUUUAAGUUCAUGAAUGUAGUUUGGGUUAAAUGAGACGUGCUGACCUGUUUCUGUCUGUUUUUGUGUCCCUGCAGCUUUGUUUACGACGUGGACACAGACUCGACAACGACGGACAAAAAGGGACUCUGACAAACUCAACUGUGAAGAAUCCACAAUCAUAACCUGAGCGGGAAGAGACCAUGAUGAUUCCAAAUCUCUGAGACGUGAACUGUAUGCAAACUCAGACUACAGUGUACUUCCAGUUACAAUCACUGUCACCCCGCGUGGUCGGUGUCUCUGAGAGUGGACUGGAUGUGAAACCAGGUUCAAGACAUUUGUUUUCAUUUUGAUAUUUGAUGAUUUUUUUUGUUCUGGUCAUCCCCAUCACAGGCCUGCUCUUCUUUAACAUUUGUAAUUGGCUCUGCCGUGGCACAGGUGACUUUAACGUGGAUAUGUUACAUUUUACACUGAUGGUUAAGAGUCGGAAACUCUUUCUCUAUUACUUUCCCCAUUCUAACUUGUGCCUUAGAGAUGAUUCACAGAAGUGCGAUUGGAUCUUUGGAAAUGAAAAAAAGCAGCGAAGAAACUGAAGUCUUGAGGAUGAAACUAUGUUUGACUCAUUCAUUUCUCUGUCUGCAGACGUGCAGCUCAUGGUUAGAAACUCUUGCUUUCGAAGACAUCAGAAAAACUGCAAUAAUGAAAAGUAAAAUGCAAAAAUUUCUGCCCUCUUUUGUAAAAACCUGAGUAUUAGAGAUCAUUCGCUUAUGACGGAAAGACAAAGAGGAUUUUUUACAAACCUGUGCCGCUGUGUGGAAGCAGGAGCAGAGCAAAUGUGGACAUUUUAAAGGUGAAUGAAAGGAUUAAACACCUUUAAGAAGCAGCAGGCCUGUUUAAACUCCAUUCAGUAAUGUGCUUUUUGUAACCAAACAUCGUCCAGCAGGAGAUUCACCCUGGUUUAUUGGCCCUAUUUCAACCCAAAGAGCACCUGCUGGAUUUAUUAUUAUCUUUAUCUGUUUUUAUCAUCACUGCAUCAGUUGGUGGGUUUUUGGUAACUUUGUACUGAAUGUUUUUUAUAUAUAUCGAGGAUAUUGAGUGUGGCAUUUAAGGAAUUCUUAAAAAUUCAUGUAAAGUUUGAAAACAAGAUAUGGAGUCAGUGGUUAACUUGCAACCAUGUCAUAAAGAGGUAUUAAGGAAUGUUUUUGUAACAGCCUGACACCUCAGCAGUAUUGAGCCCUCUGUGGCUAAAUCUUGAGUUUUUUUAUUUUCGAGGACUUUCUCAGCAGAUUUGAAGGUUUUCCAUCUGGAAAAAAUCUCCAAAAUCCAUCACGACUGUCCUAUCCUCCUUCAUUCCUUCAGCUCUUUAUUGAAAUGCGUCAAGCGAUUUGCAGUGGCAUGUAAUGCUGUGUGCAUCAAACUCAGGCAGUGUGAGGUUAAAGCCUUCGCUGUCUGUCUGGUCUAGUUCAUGCUGUGAUCACAGACUGUAUAUAAGAGAUGGACGUACCUCACUUUUCAGGGUUGUAGACUUCCAUUCAAGAGCCUCUGCUUUGCAUCUGAGCCGUUUCUAUCUUUGUUAAGCCUCCUGUGAGGAGUUUUAAAUGGUUACAGAAAACAACAGAUUGAAUGUGGUGUUUUUAUGAGCUACAGAAACAAAAAGGGACCGUCAUCAACAAGUUUAACCUUCUCUGUUUAGAUAUUAUUCAUGCCUUUAACCACUACAGCUAGGUCUGUGUCACAGGUUGAUUAACAGUACAAUGGAGAAACAGCACUCUCCCUUGUUUUACACCAGCAAUAUUCACCUCAAAUUAGCGUUUAAAAAAGCAGGAUGUUCAGAAAAAGAUGGGAAGUACCACUUUUACCACAGGGGGUGCCACAUCAGCAGAAAGAGACUUUACAAGACAUUACAACAGGAAAGACCUGUUACUCUUACUCAGCUGAGAACUUAAUUUCACACAAUAAUGUCACCUUUGUUUGCAGGAUGCUUUUAUGACUCAUGUAAUCAUGAUGUUAAGUGAGUGGUAGUUUUAAGAAGCACAAAAAAACCACUGAAGUUUUACCGUAAGUCAUGUAAGAUGAGAGAAAGCCUCGUUCCCUGGGGAAUAAGCAAAAGGCAAGUCGUGAAAACUUACUGUAAUUCCUGUAAUAUAGGAGCAGUUUGGUUUCCUGGGUUCUUUCAGGGGUGGAAAAUUAUUCUAAUAGUUAUGAAUAUCAAAGUCUUAACAGGUAAUGUUAACACAAUGCAAAAUCCUUUUUAUUAAAAAAGUAUUUGAGGCUCUGAGAAUUUCACUUAAAUUCAAUCAGAGAUCAUCAGGGGUAAGCUUCAUUUUUGAGGGAUUGGAUCUGAACAGUCCCUUAAAAUAAACUGAACACUGAUUUCUCCUGUGGGAUAGAAAAUAACCUGCAUUUCAUAGAAACACUAAAUUUAUUGCAGAAAGCUGCCUGUCUCAAGAAGGGAGCGGAAUGUAAGUUGAUACACUGUUCUGUAUUUAGAGCUGAUAUUAUAAGCACAACAAUGUCAGUUCAUAUAUGAAACUGUUUUAUAUACCGCUCCUGUCUACUAUGACUUCCUCACUGUCAGUAAGGGAACUAUUCAGCUUAAAGGCAAAUGUUGUUGAUGGCUUAAACUAGUUGGAACUGGACCUCAUCUCUGUACUUAAAUUACUGUAAAGUGUGUUAACUUUCCAGCAUGACAAGUGCAGGAACAUACUGUUAGCCAGCUGACAGUAAGUGGCACGUGAACAACAAAGUUUUAGCUGGAUUAAAGUGCCAACUUCUUGUGGAAACUUCUUAAGAAAAGGGAAAAAACCCCUCUUUGUAUGCUGGUGUACUGGCUGCCCUAUCAAGUAGGACCUAACCCACUUUGUAGAUGAAACAUAAGCUAUGAAAAGAGCAUCUCAUACACCAAGCUUUACGGUAAUUUCUGAAAAUGUGUAGCCCCGCCUUUGUGCACACUCUGCUUGACCAUCUAUUUAUUUAAAGAGGGACCAUCAUUUCAUAACAAACAUCAUCACACGGUUUGACUUCACUUUUCUCACUCCGAUGGUACGUCCACGUCUUACUUACAGUCUCUGCUCCGUUCAUGAAAACUGAUCACAGCAUGUUGGCUGAUUCACAGGUCAGACUGUACUUGAAACUACUUUUACUUCCAGGAAAACAGAAAGAACAAAAUGCUCAAGUUCAAAUCUACAGGAUGCUUCUUACAUAGGUUAAACGCACAGCACAAAGUUUCAAGAAGAGGAAUAUCAUUUAGAGUUUGUACUUUCAGACUUUCUGACACAGAUUUUUAUAGCACCGUGUGGUUUCCAGGCCCAGUUUAGUAACUCCACAGUAGCAGCCGUAGACUCUGAGGCAUUUUGUGGUGUGUCCUACCUCAUUCUCAGCACUCUGAAAUAUCUAAUCUACCUAAACAGUCUCAUUAGCCCAGUUUUAGUUUCUGAUUUUAUUUUUACCUCAGACUCUUGAUCUUGAAACAACCUCUGACUAACUUCUCUGUGUGGUAUUUUUCUUUGCUGAGCUCGUGUUGGUUUCAUUCAACAAUUACAGCUCCCAUACUGCCAAAAAGUGUCCGAAGGUGUCCUGAAAAUACCUACCGAUGGGUAAAGGUGGUUUUUGAUGCCACUGGACAAGUUUGCAUAAGAAGACUCUUCAUGAAAGUCUCUUUCACUCACGCAGCCCUAAAAAUUUACAAAAUUUUCGAUAGCUAUCUCUUCAGAACCUUUUUGUGUUGCUCUUUCUGGGUUUUUACAGGCCUCAUGGUAUAAACAUCAUCAUCAGCUCACACCAAAAUAUGACAUGAGGGCUGACAGAGAAAUGUCUUAGAAAAAUGCUUGAAUUCACACAUGCAGCUCAUCCUGAAACUUUGAGGAAGUUUUGGGGAGUUAGGUGCAUGUGUGAAAACUGAUUUGGAUGUGGCUUUUGUCCAGAGGAGCGUCCUUUUAAAUUACAGCCUUAUUGAUAUGUUGGUUCAGGCAUAUUGCACACCAUGUAAAACUUCUUAGGCUUUUAUUUGUUUCGAUCUUACCUUCAUUGGGGACAAGCAUCAAUAAGAGAUGGGCCUAUGUUCUCAUAAAGUCUUCCAUGGCCCAAACCAAAAUAUAUUAACACAUAUAAACUAAUUUACAGGUUUUGAUAGCUAGCCCAUCACUUUUUCAUCAGAAUCAGAAAACAACCUUAUUUUCAGGCCUUAUUCUUAAAUAUACCCCUUUUAAUUCAAAAGUAGCACUUAUUUUAUUUAUUACCACAAUUGUACAAUAAAAUCACAGUUUUUGGAUUGAUGGGAGCUGUAGUUCUUGGACACUAACACAGCUAACGCUGUCUUUCAAACAUGAAGGUUUUCAGUUUUGCGAUGAGAGUUGAAUUUUCCAAGAAGGGUUAGUGUAAAUCUGUGAUCGACUCUUUGGGAUGUAGAGUAUCUGACCUGCUCGGCAGCGUCCAAUAAUCUCCCUGUGUUGUGAAGUGUUAACUAUAGCAUGGUUAAAGACUGUAAAUGGCAUUGCUGUGGUUGAUAGUGCAUACGCUAACUGAGGAUCUUUCUACUAAACCUUGUUGUCAACUGACCUGCUGUCUCUGUAUCUUUCAGUUUCAUCUCUCUCCUCUUCAGACUAGAUAUAAAUCCACUUGAAAUCACUUUACACUAUGCAAAAUGUGUCACUGCCUCACUGUAAACACCGUACAGAGCCACACCGUUCUCAAACAAACUGUGUAUAAUAUCUCUGUUCUUUUUAGUGCAUAUUUCCAGUGUGUUCAUAAAUAAUGUUUCAGAUGUUGUGUAAAAUAAUGAAGCUGACAGGAGCCAUUAGAUGUUUGACAAAGCAUCGUGUUUUUUGCUGUAAAUAUGUUUGACAAUUUUCUUGGAAUAAAUGAUCAAAAAUAAAACAACCUGGAUUUUAUGUGUUUAUGUGACUGUUAACGUGUGAAAGAUGGGACCAAAACCUGGAUUUAUAUUUGAAAUUGGUCAUGUGUUAAAGCUUAAAGUUUGAAACUAACAUAAAGAUAUCAAAGUUAAUGACUGAUUAAGAGCAGAUAUCAUGAUUACUUUACAGCAGCAGUAGUGGUAAAAAAAUUAUUGGGAGAAAGAAGAGAAAAACUUAGAUCCCUUAUUGAACUCCUUUCAGCAGGCGCAUCUACACUAAAGCAGUUUACCUGAAGAAGAGAGGGGAUCCAAACCUGCUCUGACAUCGUAAGAUAGAUCACAGACAACUUGAACAAGAUCAUAUGGCCUUAAAGAUUUGAUUCAGGGAACUUUGUGGAUAUAAUGUUUCAGGAUUUCAUCUUUUACUGGACUUGGAUUGUGGUGAAAAAAAGCAAACCAUAAUACAGACAAAAAGAGUGACUAUUACCACUUAAUCAGUCCAAAAUGAAAGGUAGUUGAUCCAAAAAGGCCUUAAGCUGGUUCAUAAAUUUGCUAACUUUGGCCUCGCCCACAAAAGGGGUCAUCCCUGUUUACAAACACAAAAUUAUCCUGUUCAGUUUAUGCUAAAAACUGGCACAAUAAAUAGCCCCAAAUUAUUUAAUUUACAACUGAAUAUGAUUAUCUCUACAUGUUUUUAAUUCUUCCAUAAACUUGGACAUCUUAACAUAAGAUUGACUCACUUUUGGAGACAGCUUCUAGUGGCUACUUCUAAGAACUGCAGCAUGCAUGUUCAUAAUUCAGCUUUUCCAUGAUAUGAAAAUGUAAAUUUCAUUAUGUCAUAAAAGUUUUUCCUCUCUGCCAGGUGUGGUGGAGAACACCAAAUCCCCUCAUCUGUGUUUUAUCUUUUAAUAUUUUAGUGGCAUUUUUCAGCAUGUCAUUCCUGUUACAUAAUAGAGAGAUGAGAGUAGAUUGAAAACAACAGGAAGGAGGCAGAGGGGAGGAAACAUCCAAUAAAAGUCCCCAACCAGAUGUGAGUGAUGACACUUAAGUUUUUUACAAUAUACAACUCAGCAUACUGAGCUUUUUCAAAUUGACAAAGUUAAAGGCACAGUUAGGAGUUUUGGACUGAUUUUAAAUAUGUGUUUAAUGUGCGUCAAAGGCUCUGUAAUGGUAACUUGAUACAGAAACUCUUUAUCUGACUUUUAGCCUUUUUUUUUUUUAAAUCUGGGAACCAUUAAAUGACAUACUGAUAAAUUUCCAGUGGGUGAGACAGACUGUCCCUCUUCUGCCUUUUAAGCUGUACAAACUGGAUAUUAGUUUGUUUAACAGCGUCUGUGUCUCCUUGCUGUUUUUUUAAGCUCCAAACUCUGUUUCCCACAGUUGUCCUAAAUCCCCGGAUCAUUACCGGAUUAUCACCUCAGGGUUUGUUUUAUCAGCGCAGAAACAGCAGACAGCCCCCAGCUAUGACCACCACCCAAACAUCAACCUAUAGUUCUUAUAGCAUGGAGGUUUACUGAGCUCUUUGUGUUUUUCUGCAGAAAAAAAACAUGAUGCAAAGAGGCUGAACCAUGGGGCCGCAAUACAGAGAAGUAAAUUGCAUUAAUCUGCAUUUAGAGGUGUUAUAAGGAUCACUUAGUAAAGCUCUGAAAAUGUGAAAUAUAAUCUCAGGAUUUGCAAAAAUGAAAUCAUAACCAGGUCUUGUACUUUGUUGCAAAGUUGCAACAAUUAUACAAAAAAGAAACUUAAAGUGGAUGUUUUUUAAAAAUUCUUCGGGGUCAACAAAAAUGAUGACCGGAGGUAGUGAGAAUUUGUAGUGGCACCCUUGUUCAAACUAUUUCAAUUUGUCAUUAUUUAUCAAAGUAUUUAUGAACAAAGAUUUCAACACAUUUAUUUUAACUCUCAGUCUGCUUACAGUUUAUGUCAACGUCUCUAUUAAGUCAUAAAUGUUUAUUUAUACGGGACAUUUCAGCAACAAGACAAUUCAAAGUGCUUCAUAUAAGCUAUUUAAAGAAUUGAAAAAAAAUUAAGAAAUGAAAUAAAAAUGUUUAAAGGGUAAAAUUUAAGAUUAUUUAAAAACAACAUACUUAAAAUCAAAGCAAAAAAAUCUAAAUUAAAUAAAACCAGAAGAUUUAAUUUUGAUACUCUGUUGUGUUUUCCAACCUAAAGCCGGUAGGAGCAUGUCGAUGUUAAACAGAAGAGGCCCCAGGAUGGAGCCUAGGGGAACCCCACAUGUAACUUUUGUCUGCUCAGAUGUGAAGUUACCUGUCCACACAAAAUAUUCUCUGCCCUCUUUGUAAGAUUUUGACGAACUGUGGACUGUACCAGAAGAAAAGAAUAUAUCCCCAACCGCAUUACUGAGGCUUGUUAGUCUGACUGCAAGAAAUUUGAUCACAUGCGACUUGAGUUGGACAGAUUGCUUGAGUUUCAAAAGUCUAGUUUCAGUUGAACUUGUUCGAUAAAUUGAUUUUCGCUGCAACAGUAAAUAAUGAUACAGAGUUGUAGUACUUUCAGAGGUGCUUCCCAGAGCAGGUAUUAUGAGGAAGUCCAAAAAAUGUCCCAUGAAUUUUAUUCAGACAGUCCUGUUGCUGAGAAAGCCUUCAAAGCUUACCAGCUGCUGGUAAAAGUUUUUCCUCCAGCUGUAGGUA